AUGGUGUUUGCUGGGACAAAUAUCAGUUUAUCCCAGCCGGAUAUCACGCAGAAACUAACGGAGCGCAUAGACGACCUGAAGCAAAAGAUCGCUGCUUGGGAGAAGCGGAUUCGACGAUUUUCCGAGAGGUCAAGGCGGUUCAACCAGAAUCGUCUCUUUCAGAGUGAUCAGAAGAGGCUCUAUAAAUCAUUGGAGCAAUCAAAGGUAUGUGGAGCGGGCCAAGGACCGGAUCAGGCUGACAUUAUCGCAUUCUGGCGUGGCCUGUGGUCAGAGCCCGUAAACCACAGCGAGGGCCCUUGGAUGGAAGUUGUGGCGAGCCAGGGUGCGAGUGUUACGCCUAUGGACCCCAUCACCAUAACGCCACAAGACGUGGCUGCGGCGGUCCGUAGAGCCCCGAACUGGAAAAGUCCGGGGCUCGACGGGCUGCAUCAUUACUGUCUGAAGGGGUUCAUAGUGUGUCACGCUGUGCUCGCCCGACAGUUUCAAGAGGCUCUCGACCAGAAGUCACUCCCGAGCCUCUUCACUACUGGGAUCACUCACUUGGUUCCUAAAGAUCAGGAUACCACAGAUCCGAGCAAAUACCGCCCCAUCACGUGUCUACCCACCAUAUAUAAGACACUGACAUCCAUUUGA